AAUUCUUGAUUUCAGAUUAAAUGGAAGAAUGAGACGGAGAAAGGUUCCACCUGACCCUCGCUAGCUCCAGAUAUAAGUAGGAUCAUCUUGUCAAGUUCUAUAAACACAAGGAGAUACAAGAUGACCUCGGCUGGUCCAGAAGCGGUUAAAGUAAUCGUAAGAUGUCGUCCAAUGAACAAGAGAGAGAAAGAACUCAAUUCAAAGAAUGUUGUUCAUAUGGACUCUGCAACCCUGAGCUGCAGUAUAACGAACCCAAAUGAACCGAACACUCCACCAAAAAGCUUUGCCUUUGAUGGAGUUUAUGGUCCGGACUCUACAACAGAAGCUAUCUACAAUGACAACGGAUUCGCACUCGUUGAAGGAGUGCUUGAGGGUUACAAUGGAACGGUUUUCGCCUAUGGACAGACGGGUUGCGGGAAAAGUUUCUCUAUGCAGGGUAUCCCUGAUCCUGCCACACAGAGGGGAAUCAUACCCAGAGCAUUCGAGCAUAUUUUUGAGGCUAUUGAUUCCAGUGAGAACAUGAAAUAUUUAGUUCAUGCAUCCUACCUGGAGAUAUACAAUGAAGAUAUCAGGGAUCUAUUGGGGAAGGAUAUAAAGAAGAAGUUGGAUUUAAAGGAACAUCCGGAUAAAGGAGUUUAUGUACAUGAAAUCUCUCUUCAUUCUGUACAUAACACACAGGAAUGUGAGUCUCUGAUGGAGAAAGGUUGGAAGAACCGUACAACAGGAUCAACUCUCAUGAAUGCAGAUUCUUCAAGGUCGGCAAAAUCAUAAAUUUUUUAUCCGUCCCCAUCCAUUGAUUUAAUCAGACGCCUUUCAUCUCACCUGUAUAUCCAGGGUAAACUAAACCUGGUUGAUCUGGCUGGAAGUGAACGCCAGGCUAAAACAGGAGCAGCUGGAGAUAGGUUGAAGGAAGCUAUGAAGAUAAAUCUAUCCCUCUCCGCUCUAGGGAAUGUUAUCUCUGCUCUGGUAGACGGGAAAUCAACUCAUAUCCCGUACAGAGAUUCUAAACUAACUAGGAUGCUCCAGGAUUCCCUGGGAGGAAACACUAAAACCAUGAUGGUAGCAUGUUUAUCUCCUGCUGAUAACAAUUAUGAUGAAACCCUCUCCACCCUCAGAUAUGCAAACCGUGCCAAAAAUAUAAAAAACAAACCAAAGAUUAACGAAGAUCCUAAGGACGCAAUGCUUCGAGAAUAUCAGUCCGAGAUAGAGAAACUUAAACUUCUCUUAGAACAGAAUCCAGGAAUAGGAGAAAUAGUGCCAAACGAGGAGCUACUUGAGGCUGAGAGGACUAGAGUUCGGAUUGAGUAUGAGAAGGAGAUGGAGGAAAUCAGAGAGAAAUACAAGUCAGAGCAACAGAGCAAAGCUAAAAUACAAUCAGAGAUUGAGGAGAUGAAACAACAUUAUGAAGCAAAGCUAAGAGAAGUAAAUGAAAGAGCUGUCUCAGCAAUACCAGAAAGUGUUGGGACGGAUACAGAUACAGAUAUAACAGCUGUUCCUAGACCCAUCUCAGAGAAUGGGGAAACUGUAAAACCGAAUACGAUGAGUCCGGAGCAAAAGGCAGCUUUAGAGAAGUUGCGUAAACUCCAAGAGUCUAUGCUUGAUGGAGGGAAGAGAGCUGGAGAUAAAGAUCUCAAGGAGAGAAGAUUAAAGAGAAAGAAAGCUGCUGAGAAAAGAAUAAAGGUUCUAGGUGAGGCUCUGGGUCAUGUAGAUGUAGAGGAUGGAGUUCUAGUCAAGGUUUAUGAUGAUAUACAAACUGAAUUAAGUGAGAAGACGGCUGCUCUUAAACGAAUGAAGCAGAGGGUAAGAGGACUCAACAGUGAAAUAAGUGAUCUCCAGUCAGAGUUUGAGAAGGAUCGCCAGGAGUACCUAGAUACAAUACGAUCUCAGGAUCAACAAUUAAUUCUUCUCCAGACACUGAUAGACAAGGUUCAAUCUACCCUGAGAAAGGAUUGUAAUUACAGUAACAUGGAUAAGAUAAAGCAGGAGAGUGUAUGGAAUGAUGAAACCCAGAGAUGGCGAGUACCUGAUCUUGUAAUAUACAAGACUAAACUGCCCCCAGCAGGACCAUUCGGGAGUAUAUUAAACGGAGUGCCUGAACCCGAAAUAGUGAGAGUAGAACCAGGACAAGGACUAUCUAGGACAGCUCCAGCUCGUCUGCAAGCUCUCGACGAUGAUUCUGAAGACGAACAUUCUAAUCUUGUCAAGAAAUUGGCUAAGAGCGAAGAGGAGGAUAUUGCCGGAAACUAUUUUAAACCAAAGCGUGCAACGCGGCUUAUGGCGCAGGCGCAGGAGACGCAGAGAGCCGUGAGUAAGUUUAAAGAUCUAGUAGGACCUCGGUCUGGACUAAAUCCAGGUGUAUCUGGAAACCUGAACUCAGCUCUAGCUACCUCCUUCAACUCUGGUCUAAACACGGUUGGAUUAAACAACUCCUAUGCAGUCAACAACGGGAGGGAGACGAGGAACUGGGGCCCGGCAUCUACGGGACCAACCUGGCUUAAUAAUGGAGGUGGUGGUGGAACUACUGAGUAUGGAGGAUACAGCCUAGGUUCCUAUUCUAACUACUCCAGCUCUGGUCCAACCAGUAUAUACCAUGGUGAUGCUCCACAACGGAAACCAACCAGGCUAGAAGCUCUACCCAGUAUGGGAGCUCUAGGGAAGAAUAAUAUUAAGAAGAAAAGUACACCGAUCCUUAACACCAUGGGAACAUUUUAGAAUUAAUUUCUAACUAACCAGCUCUUUCAGUCCCUGCUAACUCUAAAUCUAAAAAUAUUAGCUGUUUAAUACCAAAAAAAUGGCCAUGCCUAGCUAGGACAAGAACAAACAAAAGCAUUUUUUUUCAAUUUCUAAUUAUUCUUUUAAAAAAGAUAAUAGUUUGCAUUUUUUCAAAUAAAACAAGAUGAACUAAUUAUGAAUUUUUUUACAACGUUGAUAAAAAAAUAUUUAAUACUCCUGCUUUGAUUUUCUUGCAAGCUCUAACAUAGUUGAGAGAAUAUAUAUCCAACAUCUCAAGUAAAAUAAUAUCUAUAAAGUAAAAACGACCCUGCUGUUUUAAGCUGGCUAAUCUAUUCAUAAAAGGAAUAUUCAUAUUUUUCCAAGAGUUGAUAAAGUAGGUUUAGCUGGUGAUAUGUAAUAAUUAUAAAACUAAAACAUAGUUUGGUUCUUAUUCUAAAUCUAUUUGGAGAUAAGACCAAAUUUUACACAUCUUUGAUCAAACCAUCUCUAGAACGUCUAACAAGGUUUGGUAAAUUGCUGAUAUAGAAGGUACAGUGUAA